AUGAAUGCCGACCGAGAAGACACGCGGGAAGCCUGCCUAGCUGCCAGCCUUGCUCUCGCCCUGAAUGGGGUUUUUACAAAUGCUCUGAAGCUCAUUGUGGGGAGACCACGGCCGGACUUCUUCUAUCGAUGCUUCCCAGACGGACGAGCAAACGCGGAGCUGGUGUGCACAGGCGACCCUGGCAUAGUGACUGAGGGACGCAAAAGCUUCCCCAGCGGACACGCUUCGUUUGCCUUUGCUGGUCUCUCCUUCUCUGCCUUCUACAUAGCCGGGAAGCUGCGCUGCUUCACUCCUGGCCAGGGAGGCAGGGCUCUGCGGCUCUGCACCUUCCUCCUCCCACUGUUCCUCGCCACCCUCAUCGCCGUGUCCCGCACCUGCGACUACAAGCACCACUGGCAAGAUGUGUUGGUUGGUUCAGCGAUCGGCUUCGUGCUUGCGUACCUCUGCUACAGGCAGUAUUACCCUCCUCUGAUGGACUCCAUGUGCCACAAACCAUUUCUGUACAAAUCCAAACAACAGCUGGUGCACCAAGAAAAGCCUGCAGCUUCCAGCUUUCACCUAGAUAUAUAG